GCAGAAGAAGGAAAAGCGUGUGCUUCCGACAUCGAGUGUGGGGAUGAAGAGUGUUGUCAAAUCCUCAGUGAAUUUAUGGUGGUCAGCAAACGCGCAGAGUCCGGAACGUGCCAGCGGUACAUACAGGAAGGUGAGCCGUGCGAUAUGUACGGGAAAAUCAACGGUUUCUGUAGCUGCUUUCCUGGAUAUUCUUGCGUUGCCGUGGAGGUUCCUCUGAAUGACACUCAGAUUAUCGUAAAGAGAAAGCCGCCACCGCCAAGACCCGGCUACACAUACGACAUCAAAUGUGUCAAAGGAAAUGCUAAAUAA